AUGAAGAGGGUGGGAGUGGCGGUGUUCCUGCUUCUUCUGUUCCUCAGCCGGCAGCGGCGCACUGCGGAUGCGGUGUGGGGGGAGGGGUUCGUCAGGGUAAGGGGGUUACACCUGAUGCUAAACGGCGAUCCAUUCUUCGCCAACGGGUUCAACGCCUACUGGCUCAUGGCCGUGGCGGCGGAGCCGUCGCAGAGGGGCAAGGUCUCUUCCGCCUUCAGGCAGGCCUCCCGCCAUGGCCUCGCCAUAGCCAGGACUUGGGCCUUCAGCGACGGCGGCAGCGGAAACACCAGCGCUCUCCAGAUCUCCCCCGGUGUCUACGACGAGCGCGUGUUCCAGGUACCACGGCGAAUCCCGCCGGAACAUUCUCCUCCCCUCCCCUUCUUUCCUCUUCUCACUUCCUACCGGCCGCAGCAGGGUCUGGAUUUCGUGAUAUCAGAGGCAGGCAAGUACGGGAUCCGGCUCAUCCUGAGCCUCACCAACAACUACGACAGCUUUGGAGGGAAGAAGCAGUACGCCAGCUGGGCCAGGAACCAGGGCCAGGCCAUCUCCUCUGACGACGAGUUCUUCACCAAUGCCCUCGUCAAGCAUUUUUACAAGAACAACGCCAAGGCAUCAAUAAUUCCUCUCUCUCUUUCUCUCUCUCUCUCUCUCUCUCCCUCCGCCUCUCGCUAACAGUAGAGUGAUUUUGUAGGCUGUGAUCACGAGGGUGAACAAGUUCACCGGAGUGGCGUACAGGGACGAUCCCACGAUCUUCGCCUGGGAGCUGAUGAACGAACCCAGAUGCCCGUCCGACCCGUCUGGGAAGACCGUGCAGGUUAGAAAGCCCCUCCCCGAUCUUGCCGCCCCUCGGUUCAUUAUCUUUUUAGGGAGGGUUAUUGGGUUAAUUUUCGCGGUGGCCGCAACAGGACUGGAUCGCGGAGAUGGCGGCGUACGUGAAGUCGGUCGACGGGAAUCACCUCCUGGAAGCCGGGCUGGAAGGGUUCUACGGCCAAUCGGCGCCCGCGGAGAAGCAGUUCGUCGCUGACCACAACGUCGGCACGGACUUCAUCGCCAACAACCAGAUCAAGGGCAUCGACUUCGCCACCGUCCACUCGUACCCCGAUCAAUGGUCAGUCGCCCCCCUGUGAGCUCGCACGAUCCUCGCUCUGAGUGACUGAUCCGAUCACCCCAUCGCGGGUGGGCUCCGUUUCUGAGCUCUGCUCGUUCUUGCGAAGGCUGCCGGCGGCGGACGAGGAGGCCCAGCUGGGGUUCCUGAACAGAUGGCUGGACGCGCACCUGGAGGACGCGCGGGAGGUCCUGCGGAAGCCGCUGCUCGUGGCAGAGUUCGGCAAGUCCAGUAGGAGCCCCGGCUUCACCCCCGCGCAGAGGGAGGCCCUCUUCGGCGCCGUCUUCUCCAAGAUCUACUGGUCCGCUAGGGCCGGCGGCGGCGGGCCCGCAACGGGGGGGCUCUUCUGGCAGCUCCUGGCGGAGGGCAUGGAGUCCUACGGCGACGGGUACGAGGUCGUCCUCGAGGAGCUCCGUUGGACGACCUCCAACCUCAUAGCACAGAACUGCCGCAAGCUGAGGCAUCUCGGGAAGCUCAUCGCCCGCCUCCGCGACAUAGGCAGGCUUGAGCUGAUCCCGGUCGUCAGAUCCCCCCACCGGCUCUCUUCCUCGAGGGACGCCAAAAACUGA